UCACUUCACAAGGCAAUCAUACAGAAACAUGCGAAUCAUUUCAAAUAUCUUCUCAAAACAACUGACCGAAUUUCAAUCAAUGGAAAAGACUCGUCUGGAUUCACACCCCUCAUGGUAUGCACUUUCAUAGACGAUGACGUUUUUGCCUCGAAGGCGGCUAAAAUGCUUCUCCGAAAUCGGGCUAGAGUUGAUAUCGUCGAUGACCAGGGAAGAACCGCGCUGAUGCAUGCAUGUACAGGGAAAAAGACUUCAUUGACCAAAGUUCUAAUAGAAAAGGUUCCCGUUGGUCAUCGAUUCGACAUCAACCACGGUGACGAUGACGGAAAUACCGCCUUGCAUCAUGCAGCUCAAUCUGGAUGUACUGAGAUCGUCGAGAUCAUCGUACACUAUUGCAUGAUUCAUGCUUCUACAUUAAACACAGAAAAUCACAAAGGAAAAACAGCAUUAGAUUUAUGUUUGGAAGAGAAGUUUUUAAACGCUGCAACAAUUUUGCUUGAUUGCGGCGCAAGUUGCGGGACGAACUUUGAAAGCUUUAGAAAAUUAGAUGCUUUGACGUCUAAGAUAAUCAGUGAUGAGCUAAGGGAUAAGCUAGUUCUGUCGGGGUGUGAGUCACCUGAUGCGAGGGUAUGCGCAGAGAUCGAUCAGAGUUGUUUUAGCAAAGCAAACAAACACUUGAAGAGUAAUCAAUCUCUGUCGAGUUUACGUUUCAGCUCGCCACCGUCGCCUAAUCGAGUCACGGGGUCGUGGGGUUAUCAUCACCGACUCGACAACAUAUUUAAGGCGAAGUCGGCUCAGAGCACCAAUUCAUAUCGACAACCCAUGGUUGAUGUCGCAGCUUCAGACCAGAGCCAACCGUCUGGAUCCAAACUCCUAGGAAGGAAAUCAAGAAGCAGGAAGAUAUCGUCGCAGAACAGCCCUAGACGUCGAUCCACAGUGGGAAAUAAUCAAUCAGAUAGUAACUUGUUUAAAAAGUUUGGUCGUCGAUCACCAUCAUCCAGACGAUCAAGCGACGUCUCAGUCGUUCGUGUUUCCAAGAAUGGCAUGGAUGAUGGAAUCGAAGGUCGGUGUUUGACGUCACCAAUUUCAACUAUGGGAGGACUAGACGGUUAUGGAACUCCGUAUCGAACGUCUCUUGAUGUGAGUAUUGGUCUGGACGACAGUAAACUCACCGCAAAUUAUUUUGUCGAAAGCGAUAGAGAAUCUGAACUUGAAUUCAACGAGAUUUCUGUUAGAGUUCCUAGCCGAAAGCCGAAAUACAGUGAGAGGAAGUACGGUGGUUAUAUUGAGACAAUACCCGAAAUCGAAAGCAGAUCCGGAUCAGUCGUAAAUGGAUAUACACGAGUUAACAAGUCCUAUGAAAAGCUUGGCAAGAGUUCUAAAGUUCAGAGAACUAAUUCGAGGAGUACUCUGAACGGGUUUAAUCAUCGCUUUUUGAAUCCUGGUCGGAACGAUAUCCUUACAAGUGCUGGUAGUACGAGAUCGGCGAUGACGAUGAUGUCGACUGGGCGAGCAAUGUCGGUCGCAAAGAAGUCGCAAGCUAAGAUGAUAUUUGGGAGGUGUUAUGAAGGACCGAAUCGCCGGAUCGAUAUUGAUAACCGCAUCAAAGAACUACAAGAUGAGUUGACGUGGAUGGACAAACGCCGCAAAGAUAGGCCAAAUCAUAUCACUACCGACAAUUGCAACGGGAGAGUAGAUCCAUUACGUAAUCAGACAUCUGAUGAAACAUGCGAAACAAGGGACAAAGAAAACGAUAACAAAUCACCGAAUCAUGAUAAACAUUUGCCAAGCCAAACUAUAACUACCGCUUCAUUAGACAGAAAUCCAAACAGAGUUCUUGGAAGAAUUCCUUCAACAGACAUGGAUGAUAAGAUUUGGAAACCUGCGCAUAGUGAAGUUUAUAAGCAUCCCCUUCCCCGUGGACAUGCUUUUGCAGGUUUGCACAGGCGAAGUACCAUGAUGAAUGGUGGGAUUGGGAUAAUCAGACGAUCAAAAAGCGCGCCACUUUCCCAAUACGAUAUACAUUCGAAUGCCGAUCAGACACAUCACGAUCCAACAUCGAUCACAGACUCUUUACGCGAUCAGGAGAAGAUUAAUAGAGAUGAGACAAUUUUACAUCACUUCUUUGUCAACCCUUUAAACAAUCUGGUCAAGAAAGAAGAAGUGAUGACGGGGAAAUAUCAUAUGCAGUCAUCGUCAUUUCAUACAAGGACCUUGCCUGCUUACGGCUUUGGUUUGCCAAAAAGACCAAAUAAAAACCCAUGAAAAAUACUGUAGAAAGUCGAUCAUCAUUUCGCACGAAUGUUAAUACUAUGAUAAUGUUCUUUUCAUGUGACAUUCUUGUCACUUUUCAAACUGACCUUGAUGAUAAUCAAUUGACAUUUCUUUUGCAAAAUGCUAGCGUUGUUUUUAAAGAGAUUAAGCACUGUGACAUUUUGUCAUGUACCAAAGUGUUUAUCUUGUAUAGAAAUAUUUUUGUAUCUGUGUUAGCAAAAAAUGAAAAGAAUGAUAUAUACAUAUAUAGUCAUCAUGGUUGAAUUUUUGGUUAGUUGUAACGAUAAGACUUCUUUUAACCUUGUAGAUGAGUCAAUUAUAUUGAUAAAACUAAAGCAACAUUUUCAUUGAAAAACAAAAUAUUACAAUCUCAAAAAAUGAAGGUGGGCUUAAAAAUAUUCUAGUUGAUGUCGUUUAUUUUCAUUCUUUAUCAUCACGGAAAAAUAGCAAUAAUGCUAUUAUUAUAAUUUACCACAAAACCCAGUGAAGUUUGGUAUAUUUCAAUAACAAUAAUCUAAUAUUGAUUCCACUUUAGCUAUCGUUUCUUCAACUAUUUGAGGUAUUUGAUAUUAACAUGAUAAUGUAAUAUAUCUACUAAGAAUUGAAAAAGGAGUAUGUAGAGUCUAUAGAUUAAGAGUUUUGGAAGGUAAACAAUCAAAGGGUUAACUGGGAUACCACU